CUUUGCUAAUACCACGGCCACUUACAUGUCUUUCUGCAUGUAAUAUAAAUCUGCUGCUUCUGCUUGGAUGGCUCUGUCUUGGGUGUCAUUGAGAAUCCAAACCCAGUUCAGAAAACAAGGGGGAGGGGGCCCUAGCUGUAUCUACCGUCCCAUCUUUGGAAGCUGAGUCAAAUUAAUGCCUGCUGACCAGCACGAUAUCCUUGACCGUGUGGCUUCUAGUUAUAGCAAGUGGUCACGCACGUUUAUUAGUUCUGGCUGGUUGAAGCCUAGGCUUGCAAUAACUGACCCCGCCAUGAUUAUGGGGGUUACUCUCAAGCAUGUUUUACCAAGGUUUCUGCCCACUAAGAAAAACAGAGAAAGGUGGAGACAGAAGAUGGAAAUUUGUGAAUCAAUACGGAUGCUGGUCAAGAAUAAUCAGCAAUGGAAAAUUCAACAAAUCUACUUGGCCUUUUGGUGUUUUCUUAAGUAAUCAGGAUGAUCAAGAAGAGAGAUUAAUGGAGGAAGAAAUCAUAGGUAAGUGCAGGAACUUUUACUGUUGCAGGGAAGAAACAACUGCUAAUCUGUUGAACUGGUCACUUCGCUUUUAGUAUUGCGUCAAGAUUGGCAGAAAAAGCGAGGGAUUAAGUGAUUCGUAUCUGUAAACACAAAGAACCGGUUUCUGACAAUCUAAGCGACUUCAAAAUUGUAAGUUGACUCUUGGUUGACCUUUUAGGCUAAUUUCUUAAUCCAAUCAUCCAGAUAAGUUAGAAUUGACAACCAUGUUAAAUUCUUCUUUGAUAAUUUGCCAAAGAUGAGAAUAACAAGGAAAUUGCUUGGAGAAACAGUUAAAUUGUCGAAGCAAGUGACUUUGAUUGUCAAUGAAACGUUUAGACCUUAUCCUCCCUGUUGAUGUUAAUGAGGAAACCAACAAGGAACGUUGUGUUAGGUAGGCUCGACAUUCCUGCUGGCACAGAAAUUCCUGGUAGGACUGGCUGCUAUAUAUCCAUCAUGAUCCUUACAUAUGGGUAAAAGACGCCAAUAGGGCAAUCCUUGGAGAUUUAAAGAGGCUCGGUCCUUUGGCCUCAUUUUUGCCAUUUGGGUUGGGGCCUAGAAUCUGCACAGGUCAGAAUUUAGCCAUGGUUCGUGUUCGCUAUGAUCCUCGAGGAAUCUUCUUUUGUAAUGUCACCAGUAUCUGUUCAUGCACCGAUGGUGCUUAUGACCCUGCAGCCUCAAUAUGGUUCAGAGAUCCUGUUUACCAGGAGUUUGGAUUGAAGAUUUGCAUGGGGCAUUUUAGCAUGUUUACAACAUAUUAAGGAUUUGCAGUAGGCAUAAAUCUUUCAAUUUAUAUAUUCUAUAGCACAUAAGUUACAACUUGGAAUCCUUGGAUGUGUAUAUGGAGUGGCCUUAUGCUUAUUUUUUGGCUUGCAGCAGGAUCAUCAAUAAGACAAUAAGCCAGCAGAUUAGAUUUUCUAAAGAAUUGCAAUUUAAUAUCUCAAAAGUCAAUUUUAUUUGGAAAUUGGUAUUGGCUCGUUCACUUUUGAGUCUAUUUUCUAACACUGCAAGUAGACCAUGUAAGUCCAACGGUUGUUAAAAAGCAGAGUCAUCAAAGCAUUACUUUACUGAGUUAAAAUAUAAACAAAUACGACGCUCCUUGUGAACUCUAAUCCCUAUACCAAUCCACCAUUAACUGCCCCAGGCUUUAGAGAUACAGAGAUAUUUCACUAAUGAAUUAUCUAGUUCUUUUCUUCAUAGCAUUUCUUUGCAUCUGUCUCUUGAAACUUGUGUACGCAAUCGUAUGGAUCCCCUGGAAGAUCCAAAACCACUUCAAAAAACAAGGAGUAACAGGCCCUGGCUACCGUCCGAUCGUCGGAAACUCAGCUGAGAUCCGCCGUCUGUUUGCAGAAGCUCUGUCAAAGCCAGCUCCACUUCACCACCACGAUGUACUUCACCGUGUCGCUCCAUUCUACCACAGGUGGUCCAACAUGUAUGGGAAACCGUUCUUGUAUUGGUUCGGGUCAAAACCGAGGCUGGGAAUAUCCGAUCCGGAUAUGAUCAAGGAGGUUGCUAUGAACACGGGCGGGGCGUUUGAUAAGAUCGGGUUUAACCCGAUGUCCAGGAUGCUCUUCGGACAGGGACUCGUGGGGUUAGAAGGUGAAGAAUGGGCCUUUCACAGGAGGAUUGCAAACCAGGCCUUUAGUAUGGAAAGAGUUAAGGGUUGGGUACCAGAAAUUGUGGCUGCUACUGCUAAAAUGCUUGAGAAGUGGGAGGAAAACAGAGCCGGGAGAGAUGAAUUCGAAUUGGAAGUGAGUAAAGAACUUCAUGACCUCUCUGCUGAUGUUAUAUCCAGAACAGCAUUUGGAAGCAGUUUUGAAGAAGGAAAACGUAUCUUCAUGUUACAAGAACAGCAGAUGAAGUUUUUCUCUGUGGCUAUAAGAAGUGUCUAUAUCCCAGGGUUCAGGUUUUUGCCUACUAGGAAUAACAGAGAGAGGUGGAGACUAGAGAAGGAAACUCGUGAAUCUGUACGGGCACUGAUACGGGGUAACAGCAAAAGAAGAGAAAAUUCUUCAAGUCUACUUAGUCUUUUGAUGUCUUCAUAUAAGAAUCAGGAUGAUCAAGAAGAGAGGUUAGGCGAGGAAGAUAUAAUAGACGAGUGCAAGACCUUUUACUUUGCAGGAAAGGAAGCAGCUGCUAAUGCUUUAUCGUGGGCACUUCUGCUUUUGGCAUUGAACCCAGAAUGGCAAGGCAAGGCACGAGAAGAAGUGGUUCGCAUCUGUGGAAAUGAUAAGCUUCCAGUUGCAGAGAACUUGAACGACUUGAAGAUUGUGAACAUGAUAAUCAAUGAAACACUUCGGCUCUACCCACCAGCAGUGAUGUUGAUGAGGCAAGCACGCAAGGACGUUAAGCUAGGGAAGCUCAACGUUCCUGCUGGUACACAGCUCUAUUUGGCACUGACUUCUGUUCAUCACGACGCUGACAUAUGGGGAGAAGAUGCUAACAAGUUCAACCCCUCGAGAUUCAUGGAGUCCCGAAAGCAUUUAGCCUCGUUUCUUCCAUUUGGUUUGGGCCCGAGAAUUUGUGUUGGCCAGAAUUUAGCCAUGGCCGAGUUGAAAAUUGCUCUAGCUAUGAUUAUCCGGCAAUAUUCCUUGGCAGUGUCGCCUACUUAUGUUCAUGCCCCUAUGCUGUUCAUCACCCUGCAGCCCCAAUAUGGUGUACAGAUGCUCCUAACAAAACUCUAAGGGCUCUUAAUCGAUGUAAAAUAGAUGCAAAGAUGGUCUUCUUUGACACUACCGUCUGAGCUCAUAUGCGAAGAAAUCUUUGAUCGGAAAGAACAAAAUUUGCUUGUUAAUGUUAUAGCCUUAUCAUAAUAAUAUUUUGUGAUUAUAUCAUAUACUAUAUAAAAGAUAGUAUAAAUUUUAGUUUUCA